AUGAGAAAAAAAUUAUUACGAAGAUCGUUACGAAUAAGCAAAAAGUCCCCCGUUCGAGCGGGGUCCGAGAGGGCCCGCACCAGUGUGCCGUGCGGCGCGCGCGUGUCGUGUAGUAGUAAAAUGAAAGACAGAGGUGGACGGCGUCGACCGACAAACCUAACAGCGACCAACGAAACCACCCGCAGACCAAUUCUGCGUCCGUAUUCGUCCUCAACGUUGUAG